CGGAAGUGACGCAUGCGAAGUGCUCAUAAAGAGUUCUGCAAAACAUCUGGGAGCAAAACACCAGCUAACCUACUUUCAUUUUACACCAGAGAAGGGAAGCAACAGACGGUCCAAGCAGCUAACAACCACGUGACACUACGCGGAAGUGACGCGGGGUGCCCAAAAGAGUUCAGCAAAGCAUCUGGGAGCAAAACACCAGCUAGCUUAAUCUCAUUUUACACCAGAACACCAAAGGAGGGGGACUAAAAGACGGUCACAACAGUUAACACAUCUGUGAGUAGGAGGCCAUAAUGAAUCCAGUGUACAGCCCUGCGUCAACAGGGGUCCCCUUUACCAACACCAAGGGUAUAGGCUACCCAGCUGGAUUUCCUGUUGGCUACGCAGCAGCCGCUCCAGCGUACACUCCCAAUGUCUACGCAGGGGCAAACGCAGCCUUCCCCAGUGGUUAUGCUCCAGGCACUCCUUUUAAAAUGUCCUGCUCUCCCAACACGGGGACUGUCCCACCAUACUCCUCCUCACCCAACCCCUAUCCUGCUGCCGUUUACCCGGUCAGGAGCACCUACCCCCAACAGAGUCCAUACGCACAGGCAUUAAUACCUUCACAACAACAAGGCACUUAUUACACACAGCCGCUGUAUGCUGCACCGCCUCAUGUUAUCCAUCACACAACAGUGGUCCAGCCAAAUGGGAUGCCUGCAGCUAUGUAUGCUCCACCCAUUCCUCCUCCCCGCCCCAACGGUGUUGCCAUGGGGAUGGUAGCCGGCACCACGAUGGCCAUGUCAGCUGGAACUUUGUUGACAACCCCAUCACCAGCGCCUGUUGCCCCCCACCAAGUCACGAUGCCCACGUAUCGGCCUCCUGGCACACCCAGCUACAGCUAUGUGCCCCCGCAGUGGUGAAGGGAGCGAAGUCAGAAGAUGGUAGAUAUGCAUUCACACUCUACUCCAGUGUUUUUUGCUAUUGGUAAAGACCUGCGCUGUCAGUGUCUGCAACCAGUUACUCUUCUUCCAGCAUAAUGUGAAUCUAAAACCCAACUACAUAGAAAGAGGCCCAUUUGGAUAGGAGGGGGUGAAGAAUAGGCCCAUCCCCAUGACCCCUCUCAAUGGAAUACGGCUGCAUUCCAUGUCACCCCCCAGCGCCAGCACCUCUACAGCCUGCUGCAUAUCUCACAUCAAACAGCAAAGCCUCCAUGCAAACUUAUUUUGUGGACUGUCAUGCGGGUUUUUCUAGCUUAAGUGGUGAAAAGGGAGUUUGGAAUUGUUUUUGGUUUUUUUUUGUUUGUUUUUUGAUUUGGGGGAUACAUAUGAUGUUGAAUGCAUGUGUAUAUAUCGAUAUAUGAAGUAAUGCUAGCUCAAUCUACCUGCUGUGACAGAUGCAAAAUCAACAAAAGGCACACAUCCAAAGGAACUAAAAAAGUAAUAAUCUGCAAUGCUGAAUCACCAGUGACCAUGUCUUACAUGUGAAAGAAGAAAAGACGAGACACGUUUGUUCAUGCAAAAACAUACCUGCACAAACAAGUGCAGAGCAAACUGUACUAUUUCCACUGCUUUGUGUUUUGGUAAGUUGACGCUAGUUUUUUAUUCUUUCUCUCAGUCAUGCAGUGUAUGCAUUUCGUCUUACCAUUUUUGUGUUUUAGGAAAACGACGGGACUUUGAGUUUUGCCUCUGACUGACGGCCAUUCCAACACUUUAUCGCUCUGUUUUAUUUUUCCUGCCCUGUCAGACUUUUUAGGAAAAGGGUAUCAACUUUUCCAAAAGUGUGGAGCAACUUUUGUUUACCGCUUGAGACAUUUUUGGGUGUUAAAACUAUUCAGUUAUUUUAUCAGGAAGUAUUCUGGGAGGGGAACGAGUAGUUAGAGGAAGUUGUUGAGAAAUCAUUUGCACCCAUUUAGGAGUUAAUAGAGUGAAUGCGUAGGAACAGUGUUGUGUGUGAGUGUAUGUGUGUGUGUGUAUCCAAGAGGAUUAAAAUAGAAACCAUUAAAAAUGGUGCCAUAUAGUGCAACAUGCCUAGAAUAUUCGACCUGUAUCUCACAAUACUCAAUUUGUUCAUAGGAAGGUCUGAAGCACUACAUCAUUACAUCACUGCUAACUGUGGAUAUGUUAGGAAAACAUGAUGUUGUUAAACUCCAUUUGUGAAUAGCACUACUGAAGCAAGGCACUUAUUCAAAACAGUUUGUAAAGAUAUCUGACCUUUUACAUUGCUGGCUGUUUUACCUCAAGGUUCCAGGCUAACACACCAAUAUCACUGUUUUAAACAUGCUUUUCUAUGUUGCCUCAGUCACCUCAGUUAAAUAAUCUGUUUUGUAAAUGUUAUUUUUGUGAUUUUGGUUCUUGUUUUGUAUUCUUAAGAAAGACCAAAAAUAAAAACAAAUAUAAAUCUUU